AACGGGCACCCACGUGGUGACAACAUGGCCACUCACAAUGGAGAAGAGGGAGUCUACAUUCAAACUAGUUUCUUCACGAAAGAGAAAAGGUAUGCCAUAGAAGACACUCCAUUCUCUCUUCCAGUCUCUUCAACACGGAAAGAUCUUAACCAGCUUCUCAAUCAGCUUUUGUCUGAAAACAGUGACGAUAAAAUAACUCGAAGCAUAGAUUUUGAUUUUCUAAUUAAUGGCACGCUCCUUCGAAAAACCUUAGGAGACUUAACGAGCAGUCUGUCGCUAACAUUGGAGAAUGUGGUCCAAAUAGAAUACAUUGAGCGUAAUCCUCCUCCUUCACUUGAGAACGAACUGCCCCACAAUGACUGGGUCUCUGCUGUACACUGCAAUGAUAAUUAUAUUCUUAGUGGUAGCUAUGAUCAUAAUGUUAGGAUAUGGAGUCAUUCUGGUAAAUUGAUUACAAAGUGUCUCGGCCAUGACAGCAAAAUUACCGACGUUGCCUGGUUACCACGGCAACCGUCACCAGAGGGUCACAUGACUUUUUUGAGUUCGUCACACGACCAGCACAUACACAUGUGGACAUUUGAUCCAAAUGAAGAUGAAGAGAGUGUCCGGCUAAAGGUUAUUUGUAAAGGUCACAGUCGGUCUGUGGAGGCCAUUGCUGUCAGCCCUUAUAAGGAGAAUUGUAAGUUUGUUAGUUGCAGCUGGGACAAGAUGCUCAAGAUAUGGUCCGGAGAGAUUGGAGGAGCUGACGUUAAUGAUGAUGAUGAAGAUAAACAAGCUAAAAGAUCCAAUAUUAAUCUCUCCUCUAAACCUUCCAGCAGAGCUCCCGUGGCAACCCUUGCUGGCCACACCCACCCAAUAAUGUGUAUGACGUGGGCGGACGAUGGAGUGUUGUAUUCCUGUGGCUAUGAUCAUUGUAUCAGAGAAUGGGACAUGACGACUGGAGUCAAUACUGGCAUACAGAAUGGCUCUAAGGUGUUCUUAGAUAUUGACAAGAGACCUGGGUCCCCUCUACUAGUUACGAGUCAUACUGAUAAACACAUUAGGAUCUGGGACAAUAGAACUGACUCUCCAUCAGUGAUUAGCUGUACCCUCUCCUCUCACCACGGCUGGGUCAAGAGGGUAAGGUGGUCGCCUCUUUCAGAGUAUCAGAUCGUAUCAGGUUGCUAUGACAACACAGCUCGAAUGUGGGACACGAGAAGUCCUAAAGUCCCCUUGUAUACAAUGGCAGCUCAUAAUGGAAAGUUAUUGUGUUUGGACUGGUCAUAUCGACAAUUAAUAGCAACUGGAGGGGCUGAUAACACGUUGAGAACAUUUAGAGUUGGAUGAUAAAUAAUUAUUUCAUAAUUCUAUUCUAUGUAUGAGUUAAUUUUUAUGGAAACAGAAUAAAAAUUGAAUUUUGGUUCUGGCAUGUCAAUGCUGAUUGUCAAAA